GGUUAUCAAUGCUGAGAAGUCGGAGUUCAAUGAGGACCAGGCAGCCUGCUGCCAGAUCUCUGUCCGGAGGAGAGAGCCAGGCCUGGAAGAGGAUGAGGAAUGGCUGAUCCUAUGUUCCACGCAGUUUCUGACUGGUUCCUACUGGGCACUGUUUGAUGGCCAUGGUGGCCCAGAAGCUGCCAUCAUUGCCUCCAACUAUUUGCACUACUGCAUCAAGCAGAAGCUGGAGGAGGUCGUGGGAGGCAUCGCAGAGGCCCAGCCGCCCAUGCACCUCAGCGGACGCUGCGUUUGCGACAGUGACCCCCAGUUCGUGGAGGAGAAGCACAUCCAGGCAGCAGACCUGGUGGUGGGAGCCCUGGAGAAUGCCUUCCAGGAAUGUGAUGAAGUCAUUGGCCAGGAGAUGGAAGCUACGAACCAGACAGGAGGCUGCACUGCUCUGGCUGCCCUUUAUUUCCAAAGAAAGCUGUAUGUGGCUAAUGCUGGGGACAGCAGGGCAAUUCUUGUCCUGAAGGACAAGGUUGUGCCCAUGAGCAGCGAGUUCACCCCCGAGACAGAGAGGCAGCGAAUCCAGCACUUGGCUUUUCUUUUCCCCAAGCUCCUGGAUGGUGAGUUCACACGCUUUGAGUUCCCACGGAGGUUGAAAGGAGAUGACGUGGGCCAGAAAGUCCUGUACCGGGAUUACUUCAUGGAGGGCUGGGGAUACAAGACAGUGGAGAAAGCUGACCUCAAGUAUCCUCUUGUUCAUGGUCACGGGAAGCAGGCUCGCUUGCUGGGGACUUUGGCUGUCUCUCGAGGCCUGGGGGAUCAUCAACUCAAAGUCAUUGACAGCAACAUUGAAGUCAAACCUUUCCUCUCCUGCAUUCCCAAGGUGAAUGUGUUUGACUUUGCUCUGCAUGACAUUAAGGAAGAUGAUGUCCUCAUCAUGGCAACAGAUGGCCUUUGGGAUGUUCUGUGCAACAAUGAGGUGGCCCAUGUAGUCAGGAGCUUCCUUGCAGAAAACAGGACAGAUCCUUACAGGUUUUCAGAACUGGCCAAGUGCUUGGUAUGCAGAGCAAGGGGAAAGGAGAGAGACCACCGGUGGAUGCUGGAUGACAGCCAUGAGGCAUCCUAUGAUGACAUCUCUGUAUUUGUCAUCCCAUUACACAACAGGGAGGAGGACUGACUGUUAGCAUGACACACAGCAUCUCUGUGUUCCCCUACUGUGGUGCUGUUCAGCAUCAGCCUGAGACUGAGGCAAUUCUGCUGCAUGUGUACACUUCCUUCCAGCAAAAUCAUUUGCAGUGGAACCUGAAAAUGCAUAGCCAGCACUUAACAGGGGGUGAACAAGAAGAUUAAGAACGUACAAGAGAGAAACAGUGGGCAAUAAAUCAUUCCCCUUUCUCUUUGUUGGGCCAAGGAGAAAUUGCAAAGGGGGCCAUGCAAGCUGAAGGGUCCUUUGCCAAGACCUUUGCAGUACAGCAACACUCAAAUCUGUAUUUCGACUGACCCCUUUCCCUUUUUAGUAUUGAAUAACAAGGAUCAGUUGCAAUCCAACCAGUCUGAAGAGCUGGCUUUUAACCAGACUUGAACUAAGUUGAACUG